CACUCUUCUUUCAAGAACUACUUUGAAUUUUCCAAUCCUACUCAAACUCUCAAUCAUGGUCAAAGUGUUUGUGACGGGCGCGACGGGUCUCAUUGGCGGCUCGGUUGCGCGUCAGCUGCGUCGUGCUGGCCACGUCGUCUACGGCCUCGUGCGCACCGAAGAGAAGGCGCGCGUCCUCGCCCAGGACGACAUCAUCCCGGUGAUUGGCCAGCUCGCCGGUCUCGCAGCCCACUCGGCGCUCAUCGCGACCUGCGCCGCAGUCAUCCACGCUGCGUUCGACGGCGAGUCCUUCCUCGAGACCGACGCACUCGUCAUCCACACCGUCCUCAACGCGCCGUUUGCGUCGGGCCAGAAGCCGCUGUUCGUGUACACCUCGGGCUGCUUGAUGAUUCCCAAUCGCGACGAGCAUUCCGGCUAUGUCGACGAUUUCACAACCCCGCUGCCCCACUCGUCGCAGGCCUACCGCCUCAAGAACGAGCAAGUCGUGACGAGUGCCACGACGGUGCACGGCGUCGUGCUGCGCCCUGGCUUUGUGUUUGGCAAGGGUGCCGCCCACUUUGAGCGCUGGUUUGCCCAGUUCCACAAGAACGUGCCGGAGGUGGUCAUCCCUGCCGCAGAGCGCCAGUACUCGUACAUCCACGCGGAUGAUCUUGCGGAGGCGUACCAGCGUGUGGUCGAAAACCCCAAGAUUGCCUCGGGCAGCGUGUACACCAUCGGCGAUGACUCGCGCAUCACCCACAUUGAGUUUGCGCGCGUCUUCGCCAAGGCUGCCGGCUACCAGGGCAAGCUUGUUGCGAGCGACGCCAACCUCUGGCCCCCGAUGGACCGAUCCUGCUUUGUUGACUGGCGCCGCUUUGGUCUCGAGUUCAACUGGCACCCUCGCCACCUUCCCAUCACCGAUGAGGCCGACAUCUACUAUGCCGGCUGGAAGGCCCGCCAGGGACUCUGAACAGUCACUCCCAUGCUUGUCGUGUCAGAGCUGAGAUUGCGAGUCUGCUUGCAGAAGAAUAAAAGCUGGAUCAAGCCCAGCGCUUGAAUGAAUUCAAAGCGGGAAAAUACAUUCUAGUUGUUAACAAUUCGCACAAUAACAUUCAACAC